AAUAUACAAAACAGUUAGCGAUUAGAGGAAGUGGUGUGUUUUGUAUGUGUGUGGCGUGUGCAUGUGUUAUGUAUAGUGUAUAGACGAGACGGAUUUUGCAACUGCACGUAACUGCGGUAAAUCCAGAAUGUAUCGCUUUUUAAUGCCGUUCGGUGCACGAUAACUUACGAUUAUGUGGCUCUAUUUUACGCUAACGGAAAGGAAAUUCGAUUGAACGAUUCUCGAUUGCUAGUGAUUCGAUCAGCGCACACGCACUGGAAAGGAAGGACAGAACAGUCGUCUUCGAGAUCGUGAAUACAGUUCUGGCAUACUCUAUCCCACGCAUAUGACGGACGUUAACAAUUUUAACGUUUUAAUCGCGCAUCGGCAACGAGAACUAGCCAGAUGAAGAUAAUGUCAGAUGAUGAUGCUGCUUUGGAUUCAAUGGAUACCGAGGAAGAGAUAUUUGCUUCUCGCAACCGCAGCUUGGAAUCAAAUGUUAGACGACCUAAGAGUUUACGCAAGCUGAGGUCGCACUCUAAUUCACAUAUAAUUAAUAACAAUUUAAGUGUACGACGUAGUACACGUAAUAGAAUGCAGACUUAUGACAACCUUAAUACUAGCUGGAUUUUAGGAACACAAACUUUAAAAGGAUAUCCUAUGUUUCAACAACAUGCUUCUUCCUCGGAUAAAGAGAUGGUAGAUGAUGUACCUGGUAGAAAACGUGAUCUUCGAGAUCGUAUGCCCUUGAGAUCUCGCGAGAAUCAUCCACCUAAUAAAACUCCAACAAGACAUCUUAGGGAUAGAACAGAACAUGAUCGGCAAAAUAAUAGGGAACUUAGAGGUAGAUCUGAUCGUGAUCUUAAAGAAAGGCCAGAACCAGAAAAAGAUAUUAGUGAACAAACCAGACCAGCAAACGAAGAGAAAGAUACUACCAGGACGAGAAAGUCUGAUAGUCCAAGCAGAUUUAGAGAAGGUCCUGUAACCAGAUUGUGUGGAAGUAUAGAGAAAAAUGAGAAGCCCAAAGCAGAACAAGAUGAGGCAGAUGAAGAUAGUUUGCGAGAAAGUGAAAAGCCAGAUAAUAAUGAUAAUUCUGAAAAUGAAGAUGGAUAUGAGGAUAUGUAUACCCGAAUUAAGAGAACAAGGCGCACGGCUCAACGGCAACUGCCUAGAGUAGUGGACAGUGAUCUAUCCGAAUCCUCGGAUUCUCCCGGGCCUAGGAAGUAUAGUUUACGUCAAAAAAAACCUACUGUAGAUAGGUUUCAAGCUAAUGUAGAGCCAGUUAGACGAUCUAUUAGAGCUCUAAGAAGCGUUCUCAGUAAUUCAAUGAGAAGAAGAAAGCAUAGAAGUAAAAGCACGAGUUCUAGUGACUCUAGUGACUCUGAACCUCAACGUUACGACAAGAAGAAAGGCAAAAAAGCGAGACAAUCGGCGAUACCGCAAGGCGGCCCACCAGAUCGAAAAGCUGACAUAAAUCCUAUUACUUUAGACACUAAUAUUAGAUUUAGCGAUGUCGGUGGUUUGGCAUCUCACAUUCACUGCCUUAAAGAAAUGGUCGUUUUUCCUAUGUUGUAUCCAGAUGUUUUUGAGAGAUAUAAUACUACUGCACCAAAGGGUGUCUUGUUUCAUGGUCCACCAGGAACUGGUAAGACAUUGAUAGCCAGAGCAUUAGCCAAUGAAUGCAGUCAAGGUAACAAGAAAAUGACUUUCUUUAUGAGAAAAGGAGCAGAUUGUCUGUCAAAGUGGGUUGGGGAAUCAGAACGACAAUUGAGAUUGUUAUUCGAACAAGCUCAACAGAUGAAACCGUCCAUAAUAUUUUUUGAUGAAAUAGAUGGUUUGGCACCUGUCAGAAGUACCAAGCAAGAUCAAAUUCAUGCCAGCAUUGUAUCUACACUCUUAGCACUCAUGGAUGGUCUUAGUGACAGGGGAGAGGUUAUAGUCAUUGGUGCAACAAACAGAAUCGACGCAAUCGAUCCGGCACUACGAAGACCCGGUCGUUUCGAUCGCGAACUUUUUUUUCCAUUACCUGCCAUGAAAGAAAGAUUAGAAAUUUUAAAGAUUCAUGUCAGUAAGUGGAAAAAUCCACCAUCUGAACAAUUAUUGGAAAUAUUGGCAGAGAAAGCAACUGGAUAUUGCGGCUCGGACUUGAGAGCUUUGUGUACCGAAGCAGUGCUACAAGGAUUAAGGAGAACUUAUCCACAAAUUUAUAUGACAAAUGACAGACUGUUGCUAGAUCCAGAUAGAGUCGAAGUAAAAAAACGUGACUUUAUGCAAGCAAGCUCUAUGCUCGUCCCAUCAUCACAUAGAGUAGCUCCAUGUGCAGGAAGAAAAUUACAACUUUUUAUGGUACCAUUGUUGGGACCUCCCUUGGAAGAAUUAAUUAAUUUGGUAAAAGGAAUAUUUCCUCAUGGUGUAAAUCCUGCUAUGGCAAAAGUAAAGAAUGCUAAGGGUAUCUAUCGUCCAAGAUUAUUAAUCUCGGGUGGUAGUCUAUCUGAAGGUCAGGGACCUCAUUUAGCUCAAGCAUUAUUAUAUUGUAUGGAACAUUUGCCAGUCCAAAUUUUGGAUGUUAGUAUAUUAUUUGCAGAAAGCGCUCGAUCCCCAGAAGAAACUUGUGUGCAGGUAAUUAAUGAAGCUGCUAGGAACGUACCGUCCAUAAUUUACAUUCGAUCAAUUGAUAAAUGGUGGCCUCUUGUACCAGAAACAGUGAAAGCAGUUUUUCUAUGUCGAAUCGCAGCACUGGAUCCUUCAUUACCAAUUUUAAUUCUUGCGACAAGCGACGCGACGUAUCAAGAUCUCCCUGAUCAAUUGAAAAACUUAUUCAGCGAAUUACGGGGAGAAGUGUAUUCCAUGAAAACUCCUACUACCGAGCAAAGAAUGAAAUUUUUCCGACAUAUUUUUAUGGUUCAGAGUCUAAGAUUGCCUCAGAUCAAAAGCAACAAAGUAGAAGUUUUAGAAACACUGCCAUUAGCACCAGAUCCAUUGCCAAAGAAACUAACUGAAGCAGAGAAGCGGAUUAUGUACGAGAAAGACGAAGUAUCUUUGAGAGAAUUACGGAUUUUCCUGCGAGAAAUCUGUGCUAAACUAGCGAGAAAUCGACAAUUUUUCAUGUUUACGAAACCAGUGGAUACGGAGGAAGUGCCAGAUUAUAACUUGAUAAUAAAACAGCCUAUGGAUCUGGAAACAAUGAUGACUAAAAUCGAUAUGAAUUGUUAUCUAUGCGCACGCGAAUUUCUCGACGAUAUUGAUCUCAUUUGCAGAAAUGCUCUGGAGUACAAUCCGGACAGCUUACGUGAUAGGCCCUCCCUUGGAAUAUUAAAGAGAGAUCCUGCUGAUAAAUUGAUAAGACAUCGGGCGUGUUCCUUGCGGGAUAAUGCUUAUGCUUUAAUAAAAGCCGAACUGGACUCCGAUUUCGAGGAUAAGUGUCGUGAAAUUUCUAAGAAUCGCCGAAUUUUAGAAAGCAAUUGUAAUAACGCGGAAGAAAGCAAAAAUACAAAGUCAGAUUCUAUUUCCACGAAUGAACGAAUAGAAAAGAAGGAGUCUGUAAAUUCUAGUCAUUCCCUCAUCGUGAACGGAAAGAAAUUCGGUAGUUCACGAAAACGUAAAAUCCCUGCAUGGGCGAGAGGUUAUGUGAAGAAAGUUCAUAAGAAGAAAAAGAUCGAUGAAAGUGUUACCGAGGUAGUCGCAAGUAAAUCGCUAAACAAUGAAACUACUACUAGUAUUGAUCUAGAAAAAUUCCAAGAAUUCGAAACUGAAGCGAAUAGUGUUUUAAACGGCCAUGUAGGAUUGUUCGAUAAUACAGAUUCAGAGAAUGAUUCGCAGAAUGAAAAUUCAAAGGAAAGCCAAAACGGCACUAUUACAGAUCAACGAAUUGAUAAUCUCGACCAAAUGGAAUUAUGUUUCAUAGAAGAAGAUAAACAUAUUGGGAACGGUGAUUCGAGUUCAUCGUCUCGACGUGAAAGCAUGGAUGAAUUGUCGUUCGCCAUCGAAAGUGAUUCUAGUCGAGAUAAAAUUGAAGAAAAUGAGAAGGUUUUAGUUGAUAAAAGUGAACUCGAAAACGCAUGGCAUUAUACUGUUGAAAUAACGAAGGAUUUUCCCGUUGAGGUAUUGUGCGAUAUCUAUGUGCAACUAAGCAGAUGCGUUGGGAAAUAUGCUCAUAAAUACGAUAGAAAAUCACUGCCAAAGGACUUGCUCAAGGAAGUGGAAAAGUUUACGGAGUACAAGCGACAGUGUCAUUAGAAUACACACAAUACAAGUAGGUAUGGCAUAUGAAAGAAAAUGCAGCAUGUUGCUAACGAGACAAACGUGUUAUACAUUACGCCAUCACAAUAUUUUUAACAACAUUAAUCUUUAAAAAAAUCAAAGAUGGUUUCUUUUAUAUAUUUAUACUGAAAUUACAAAGCCGAAUAUUAUCAUUGUAUCAAACAAAACUUUGGAAUGAUAUAUUUUUUAGUUAUUAUACUGCCAGUCCUUAGGUAAAUAAUAGCACACAUCUGCAAAACAAUCGCAUUUGUUGUUUAAGAUGCAGCAGGAAAUUAGUUUUAAUUAAACAUUAAAUUCCAGGUAUGUACACAUAAUCCAAUUAAAUUUUGUACAUAUUGUAAAAGUGCUGUAAAUGUCCAAACAAGUGAUUAUUUGAUAUUUGACAUGAUAAGAUAGUAUUGUGAUUCUCAAUCACAUUGAAGUCAGAUUGAAGUAAUAAGAAUGAAUCACGUCAUCGUCUUAUUGCUUGCAAUAUGCUUACAUACUUUUUUAGAAAAUAAAUUUGAUUUAUAUUCGUCAAAGAAAAAAAUUUUAUAAGUUUUAUCAUAUAUUAUCAUCACCAUUAUAAUUAUAAUUGCUAUUAUAAUUAUUAGUAUUAUUAUUAUCUUUAUUGCGUUUAUAACUUUUUAUUAUUCUUCAAUUAUGAUUGAGAUUAUGUUACUUUCAUCACCUUAGUAAACAAGAAGGUAAAAGUAAUAAAUUGUUAAACAUUUUUUGCAUAAUUUUUUUUAAGAAUAAUUAUAGAUUUUUGCUUGAGGAAAAAAUCAGAUACAAAAUUCCUUUUUUUUUUAAUUUUGUUUGAAAUUACAUUGAUAAAUUUUAAAGUACAUAGUGAAUAAUUAAUAUAAGAAAUAACAAAAACACAAGAAUUAGUACAUUAUGUACUUAACUAUUUCCAUUCAAAUAUUCUUUGAAUAGUUAAAUAAAUACGCUACAUGAUAUAAUGCAUCCCCAAUUCUAUUACAUCGUUAUUUUAAACACAAGACACAAAAAUUCAGCAUUUUAUUAUAUUAUGAUAAGGGACUAUUUCAAAUAUUCGUCCUUGGAUCCGAAUAAAAAUUUACAAACAUGUAAGGAGAGCUAAAAUAUAAACGUAUUUUAUAUGUGUUAAAAUUAUAGUUCUCCUUGUGUAUCAAUAUACCUCGCGAAACAAAAUGUAUCAAAUUCUUAUUAAAAUAUAAGAUAAUAUUACUUGGCGUAUAUAGAGUUAUAUAGGAUAAAUCGAAGCUUAUUAUCGCGAGAAAAAAAUCCAUAAAAGUAUUUGAAUUUAGUUUAACAAAAGAAUCAGGAAGUAUUCAAAAUUAAUAACAUAUUUAAAAAAAAAUUUACUAUGUAAACAUAUACUUUUUCUAAUAGUACUGUUUUAUCAGAAUCCUGUUAAGAUUUUUAAUCAAACAAUCGAGAGAACAAUCGAUAUUGUUUCUGAUCUGGUUAAAUGAUCCUUUUCUCGCGAUAGCAGCUUUUGAUCUAUCUUGCAUUAGUGCAGUUCACUUUAUACAAAAUAACUUAAGGCAUAUUCGAAAUGCGAUUAGUAAUCUGCAAUUUAAAUAGACCAAAGUUGUAAAAAAAAGAUAAGAUGAACAUGGAAACUUAACACACACAUGCGCACACACGUACAUGCAAUUAUAAAAUACAUAAAUAUGAAAUACCUCGAUAAAAAAAUGCGUUAUACAUGGUGGCUAGUUUAAAUCAAUUUUGAGGCUUCAUGAAAGAGUGAGUGGCCUUUAUAAUUGCGAAAUUUAUCGUUUACAUAGCGAGAUCUCAAAAAAUUAAUUAGAGUAAUUAAUAUUAAAUAUUUAAAUUAGGAUUAAAGAAAUCGGAACAAAGGAAGAAUGACUCCAGUUUACUAAAUUUUUAAAAGAAAAUAAAUAAUUACUUUUUAAAAUUUAAAUCAUUUAAAGUGACAGCAAAUUGUUUAUUUCCGAUUGGUCCUAAUAAGCACUUUUGAAUAUCUGGCUGUCGCUUUACAAAGUGUUCCGGGAUUCUCGCACUUUCUUCGAUUUUAUUUUCUUCUAUUCUUUUCUGAUUUUCUCAUUUGUUAUAUUUCAUCGAAACUAACUGUAAAUAGAUUAUCUCAUAUUUAAUUGUUUAUAACUCCAAAGCUAUAUUGAGAGAUGUCUCUCGACUUGAAACAACUGCCAUUCUUAUUAAUCAGAGAAUAUCUGCACUCGAGAAGAAAUUGUGUGACGAUUCUGGGAGACUUAGUUUUAUAUAUAUAUAUAUGCAUAUAUAUAUUAUGUAUGUAUGUAUAUAUGUAUGUAUGUAUAAAUAUUAGUAAAUACUUAUAGAGUAUAUAACGCCUUCCAGAUUCGUGUAUUGGUUGUGAUUUGCUAUAAUCGUGAAAGAUUAGUUACCAGAUAUAAACCAGAUAGAUCAGAUAAAGUUGUGCGACGAAAUGAAAAUGACUCGUUUUUAUCUGAGCUGUUUCAAACAGUCUAAAAAACCGAUUCUCUUCGAUAUAACCAUUCAAACAAUACGUAUGUCGAAUUGUACAUAUACAAAUACAGGGCGCAAUCCAUCUUUUACCGUUUAAACGAUACAAUCGAAUAUAGAAGAGCUAUAAGGAAUAAACUCUAUCAAUAAAACUUAUGUGAUCCACGAAUAAUAUCUUUCUUAGGGAUAUGUUAUUGUUAAGAUGUGAUGAAUCGCGCGAUUGGAAGAUAAUCUAACAGAUUUUGUUAGUAGCAUAUCCGUUUUUCGCAUCAGGUGAUAGCGAUGAAAUUCUUUUCAUAGCAAUGAAAUUUUGUAGUUAGCGUAAAAACUUGUUUUGUUCGGCGAUUGGAUCAUUCGUCGAAAUUCGAUUGUAUUACUUGUGAAAUUUUCUAGUGACUAGAGAGUCGAAAAGACUGAGAUUUAGAAGAAGAAAAAAAAAAUGCUCGCUUUUUAGCGUUCGUACGAAGUUUGUAUGAGGCACGCGCCUUCAAAAUUCGAUUAGAAAAGGAAGAAUAUGAGAAAAAAAUCGCUAUAGUAUCAUACGAAUUAUCAUCGAUUCUCUUACACGCGCGAUGAUGGAAGAUUCUCAUCAGUGGAAAUUGUAUAAAUAUUUGCCAAAGAAGUAACGACAGAUAAUGCUCUAGCAGAAUUCUCUUCUCGCAUAUAAUUAUAAUUAUUGUAAAGCAUUAAGCGUUUAAAUCGCAAAGAAAAACCGUUGAGCGGAUGUGUGAUUUUUCUUCUAGCGAUUACAAUUUACAUUCCGCUUCGAAAUAACGAUCCGAAAAAAACGCAAUUUUAUUCUUGGUGCUAUUUUUCGAAUAUGCUGUCAUUUCAUUACACACGCGCGUGAAUCCGUAUAUAUGUAUGUACAUAUAUAUAAUGAAUGUAUAUGCGAAACAGAUCGAGAAAUUAUCUCGUAACACUGCCGAUUAUGAAAACGAGCGCCAUCACAUUUAUCUCUCCCGUUUUCUGUGUUUCUCAAUAAUAAUAUCCCUUAAGACUACUCUCUACGAACAAUGAGGUCAACGCGUUUGAGAUGUAGCAUAUCAAAUCUGAUAAUUUUUUUUUAACAGUAGAUGGUAGCCUUAAGAGAAGCCACACAUACAUACACACAAGUUGGAAAAGAUACGGACGAAAAGCGACGAUGCAUCCACUGCCUUAUUUAUUUUAUCAUAUAAAUAUAAAUAUAUAAAUAUAUAUAUAUAUAUAUAUAUAUAUAUAUAUAUAUAUAUAUAUAUAUAUAUAUAUAUAUAUAUAUAUAUAAGUAACACACAUUUUAUAGUCAUACAUAUAGUGAAAUAAAGUUUCGUAAUGUAAUCAAUUUA